AUGCAAGGCUAUGCUUCGAUAUCGAACGCUGAAUUCAUUUUACUACCUGACGGCUCAAACGAUGACUUCAGCGGCAAUGAUUUUGAAAGGACUAGUUCGACAAAUUCGUUUUGCUGCGCAGCACCCCGUAAUUCCUUAAACGGACAGCAAUUUUAUUCGUUAGCUAAUGUUCCAAACAAUUAUCAUGCCAUGGAAAACGUCAAACAAAAGCGAUCCUCCAAGCUAUUCGAUCGACCUGAACUUUUCGUACACGCAUUAACGGAAAAAUUGAAAGGACCAUGGAUCGAACAAGUCUUUCUCAAGCGGGAAUGCAUCAAAUAUAUUCCAACUUUUGGGACGAACAAAUGCGGUUGUGGAUUGUCUCUAAAUGCGCAUAGUCUGGCAGUAAUAUCACAAUUUAGAGCAACAAUGAUAGACGAUGAAGUAGCGGUACGAUCGUCAAAUCAAUCAGUACGUUGGAGUAUUGCCGAGCAUACAAAAACCUCUCAUACGGAUGCCUUUGGAACUUUGGAAUUUUCGGGUGGUGCUCAUGCUCAUAAAGCACAUUAUGUUCGUUUGGGCUACGAUUCAGACCCAUCUGAUAUAAUGUAUCUGAUGGAGAAAAUUUGGGGACUGGAGCCGCCUCGUCUUGUUAUUACAGUUCAUGGUGGCAUCACUAAUUUCGAGGUGCAAGAGAAACUUGGUCAGGUAUUUCGCAAAGGUAUGCUAAAAGCAGCACAAACAACAGGAGCAUGGAUUAUAACUGCCGGAAUAGAUGCCGGAGUGGUACGGCAUGUCGCUACUGCUCUCGAUGAAGCUGGCAUUUCAGCGAGAAUGCGAUCAAAAGUAGUUACAAUAGGGAUUGCUCCGUGGGGUUUAUUGAAACGACAUGAAAAAUUAAUUGGCAAAGAUAUCGUUGUAUCCUACGAUCCGCACUCUUUUGCUUCCAAAAGCAAAUAUGCGACAUUGAACGAUCGUCAUUCAUAUUUCCUACUUGUAGAUAAUGGUACAAACGGAAGAUAUGGCGCUGAUAUCAUCCUACGGAAACGCUUUGAAGAAUUCAUAGCUCGGAAACAAACGAUUGGUUUGGGGACACGACAUGUACCUGUCGUUUGCGCAGUGCUGGAAGGUGGUACUUGCACUAUCCGGGCAAUACUUCAAUAUUUAGCCAAUCAGCCCCCCGUUCCGGUAAUCGUUUGUGACGGUAGCGGAAGAGCUUCAGACCUCAUUGCAUUUGCACAUCGACAUGUUCAGGAGAAUGGUAAUUUGCCGCGAGAAAUUCGUGCUCAAUUGCUCACUCUUAUUGCUUCGGUAUUUCGUUACAGUACAACACCAGCGGAACAAAUUCUUGAAGAAAUAUUGUGUUGCGCCAAACAUCGUGAUUUGUUGACAGUCUUUCGUUUGAGUGGAAACAAGAAGCAAGAUGUUGAUCAUGCUAUUCUAAGUGCCAUAUUGAAAGGACAAAAUCUGUCAGCAGCUGAUCAGCUUGCAUUGACCCUUGUGUGGAAUCGGGUGGAUAUCGCACGCUCAGAUAUUUUCGUGGCCAACCAAAACUGGAACCCGCAUUUAUUAUAUAAUGCAAUGAUGGAAGCGUUGGCAUUGGAUCGAGUUGAUUUCGUUAAACUUCUGUUAGAAAAUGGAGUUUCAAUGAAGAAAUUUCUGACAAUCAAUCGACUGGAACAGCUUUACAAUAUGGAACAAGAUUCAAUUCUGCCUCUAAUCAACGACAGCGUGUCAAUUAUUGAUGGUCGAAUUACACUACCAAAAAUUGGAGUAAUUAUCGAACGAUUAAUGGGAAAUGCUUACAAAUGUUCGUAUACAUCAAGGAAAUUCAAAAAUAAAUACGAAAAAUGCAGAAAGAAGGCACUGAUCUCCAGAAUUCCAAGUUUCCGGAGCCUUUGUGCAACAUAUUCAAAAACAAGGAAAAUGGCUGAAGAAGCCAUGAGCAAUACGAGGAAACGGAUGCGCAGGGAAAGCAAAGAAGGUGACGACUUUCAAUUCCCGUUCAACGAUUUAAUGUUAUGGGCAGUCCUAUCACGGCGACAGGAAAUGGCACGUUGCAUGUGGUCCUAUGGCGAGGAGGCAAUGGCCAAAGCAUUAGCUGCGAUAAGGCUUUACAAAAGUAUGAGUAAAGAGGCUGCGGAUGAGUACAUCGAAGUUGAAGUAUCCAACGAACUUCGGGAAUUUGCAGAGGAGUUCAAAAGGGAAAGUUUAAGUUUGCUCAAUCAUUGCUACCUGCAAAAUGAUGCGGGAACUCUUCGAUUGCUAACAGCCGAAUUACCUAAUUGGGGACAUCAUACUUGUCUCUCCUUAGCUGUUAUUGCGAAUCAUCGAAGGUUUUUGGCUCAUCCGUGCUGUCAAAUUUUACUGGCAGACUUAUGGCACGGUGGUCUCGGCAUCAAAAGCUAUUCAAACUUAAAAGUAAUUUUAGCACUGGCUUUUCCUCCCAGCAUUUUGCUGCUGGAUGUGAAAGCACGAAUUUCCAAUCAUCGUAUGAAUUCUUUCACACGUCAUUCAUUUGUGAUCGAAGGGAAUGAGUUCAAUAAUGAAAAAGAAAAUGACGAUCGUAGUCAUAACAGUGCUUCCUCAUCGUUUCAUGCAUCAGAAGUAUGGCGUAUUCCCCAAUUUACUUAUGCUGCAUCACUUGAAAAUAAGACGGAAAACCAAAUACAAGACAACGUCACUCUCUCAACGUAUGACAGAUUUUUCGAGACGGCCAAUUUGAUCGAGGAAACUUUACGGGUCAAAUCAGGAGUUGGAGACUCGCGAAAAUCAGUCGGCACAAGUUUGCAAGAGGUGGAAGAGAUGGCACGAAAAACAUCGUGGACGACUAAAUUUAAUAUCUUCUACUCUGCGCCGAUCACUACUUUCUGGAUAUGGCUUGCAAGUUAUUUCGUAUUUCUGAUCGUUUACACGUACGUAAUACUGAUUGAAUUUCCAGUAAAACCAACUCAAGUGGAAUGGUUUCUUCUUGCAUAUGUUGUCGGUUUUGUUAUGGAGCAUUUUCGAAAAUUGUUGGUACAGGAAGCAAGUACUCUUUUUGAGAAAAUACGUGUCUAUUUUGAUCGCUGUUGGAACUAUUUGACUUGCUUGGCCAUUAUAACAUUCUUCAUUGGUUUCGCAUUUCGGUAUAACCAACUGACACGUCAUUCAUACGGACGAGUUAUUUUAUCAUGUAAUAUUGUGUUUUGGUACAUCAAACUUCUGGAUUUUAUGGGUGUUCACCCAAGACUAGGACCAUACAUACAAAUGACAGGAAAGAUGAUUGUAAAUAUGAUGUAUAUUCUGGCUCUGUUAUUGGUGACACUAAUGUCUUUCGGAAUAUCACGGCAAGCAAUUACUUAUCCUCAUGAAAAAUGGCAAUGGCUUUUGAUAAGGAAUAUUUUUUAUAAACCGUAUUUCAUGCUAUACGGUGAAGUAUAUGCAGGAGAAAUUGACACCUGUGGAGACGAAGGCAUUAAUUGCGUUCCUGGUGGUUGGAUACCGCCAAUUCUGAUGACUAUCUUUCUUUUAGUAGCAAACAUUCUUCUGAUCAAUAUGUUAAUUGCUAUUUUCAAUAAUAUUUUCAAUGAAACAAAUGCAAUUGCACAGCAAGUCUGGCUCUUCCAGCGUUACGAACAAGUUAUGGAAUACGAAAAUACACCGUUUUUUCCUCCUCCUUUUACACCAAUAUCACACCUAAUGAUUCUGCUUAAAUAUUUCUGGAAGUUACAUCAAAGAAGUGGACGGAGAAGGCAGUGGACUAGCAAACGUAGAGGGUUCUUCGAUUUUUCAAUGAAGCUAAGUUUAAGCGAUGACGAAUUACGUUUGUUGCAUGAUUUUGAGGAAGAUUGUAUGGAUGAUUUGUCGAGGAAGAAGAGUCUCUCGCAGCCAUUGCAGGUCGACUGUCAUUUAAAAACAGCUGUAGAAAGAACUGAUAACUUGCAAGUCCAGCUAAAUGACAUGGUAAAUGAAGAUUGUAAUAUGAAAUCAUUUCUGCGAGAAAUAGAAUCGAAACUUUGUGUUAUUGAGACGAAUCACCAAGCGAUGCUCAAAUUAUUACGAAGCUCAAUUGACAAGCAAAGAAAUUCCAAGAAUUUAGAAAGUAGCACAGAAAUAGUCAGAAAGAAGGAUCUAAGUGUUAUGGGGAAGAAACCUUCAACAGGAAAAAGAGAAUCAAUCGGGAAGUAUGCAAACAUUAGUAAUAGUGAUAAUGAAAUCAGAAAACUGCACUGUACGGAUAAGCUUCUGGAAACACGUAACAUCUGCCAAAUUACGAAGAGUUUCAGAAGAUCAUUUAUUUUUCGGAAUGAAAUUUAUACAUCGAUAACAGAUACAAUUGAGAUGCCUAAAGUACUGUACGCUCCAGACGAUUCAAUUCAACCACCCGCUUCGUCUAGCGUCCUUGCAACACAACUUGAUGGUACAGCAUUUAGGAAUUUGGAGGAGGUUUCUAACUGCACAGCAGAAAGAGGGAUACGGGAAAGAAGUAUACAGCCAUCAGCGUGGUGUAUUACGGAUCUUGAGGAUAUGUGUCGCACACCUAGUCCAGAAGAAUUAUCUGAAUCAGCAAACAGCGACACGAAUCGAACUGCCAUACAUACACCUCCAUAUCUCGAACUCGAUGACUGAUUGAAUAUAGUGAAUAGGAGAACUACUGUUGUAAACUGAGUCAUAGUACAUCGAUGCUUCAUAAUACAGUACUGUCGAGCAUCUUAUGCUACUCCCAUAAGCAUGAAAACAUUUCUUUGCAUAUUAAUAAGUACCGAAGCAUUUUGCAUCGUCCGUCACUCCCUUCCAAUACCUGAUCAAUAUCUUCCAUCCCCC